AUGCCUGACGACAAAGGCCCACAGAUCACUGCCGUGUCCUGGAGCUUUGGAAGCGUGGCGAUCAUAGUCGUCGCCAUUCGACUGCACACCCGGCUAAUACUGACUCGCAAAGCAGGCUGGGACGACUUCUUUAUUGUUCUUUCCCUGUUGAGCGCUGUUGUAUGUUCAGGGUUAGCGCAAACUGGCGUGCAUUAUGGGCUGGGGAAACACAUGGCCGACAUUUCCAAUGGGGAAUGGAAAAUCGAGGCUUUCAAAUAUACCGUCAUCGCACCCAACUUCUCCAUGGUCAGCACCACAACAGGCAAGCUAUCGGUGGCCGUCUUCCUGCUGCGCUUAAUGGGCCAGACAGCGUCCCCGGCAAAACGAUGGUUCCUGUAUAUCUUCAGUGUAAUAUCCAUUGCUUGGAAUGUGCUGGCCAUCAUUGCCAUCAUGGGGUACUGCCGGCCUGCAGAGAAGAUCUGGCGGCCAGAGGUUCCCGGCUCCUGCUUUAGCUUGAAGUUUCAGCUGAUUGCUGGGAUAUCGCAAGCCUCAUUCAACGCUUUCGCCGACCUUACCUUGGCCUUGUUUCCAGUCAUCAUUUUCUGGUCCGUCCAGCUGCCCUGGAAAAUGAAGCUAGGGGUUAUAGCUGUCAUGGGCGCGGGAAUCUUGGUCAUGGGCCGAUAUUACAACAUGCUAUCUAUAUACUUUUAUCAUGCGCUAAGUGGCGCCCAUGCAAUCCAUCAACAGAUGUACGUUAUCAUAAUCUGCGCCACUCUCCCCACGCUACGGCAAUCAUACAACUUUGCCUUGCAUCGAACACGCUACGCAGGUUCAUACUACAAACGCUCCCACUCCGAAGCAGCAGCAGCAGCAAGACACAAGCCAAUUCCUCUCGCUCGUCGUCAACCCGAUCAGUCACUUUUCGAUACAUUCGCUGACGAAACCGGUUUGGUGAAUGUAGCUUCCAACGAAGAUUGUUUUGUCUCCCCCGGAAGAUGUUCGGACCAUACAAUCAUUACAAAGACGACCGAGAUUGAGGUCCACGAGGAAAAUAAGUCCAGACUGGAUAUCGAGAAUCCUCAUUUCCCGCGUGCGAAUCCGUUUAGGAGCGGUCAUCAGUAG